CGAGUACGUGAUCAAGUGGGUCACUGACAACAACGCGACAUAACCUGCAAAGGAUCCGAGGAUUCAUCGAUUGACGAGGGGUGGUUUGUGGUUUUUUUCGACAGUCUUAAUAAAAGCCGGCAAUAUUCAGUCGCCACCGGGAAACUCGACGAGCCAGGGCGCGAUGAAGGAGCCGGAGGUGGAUCCGAAGAAUAUGAUAAAGAGCAGAGAACAGCUCUACAGGAUGAUGAUCAGUCAAUUGUUCUACGAUGGUCAUCAAACGUUAGCCGUGCAACUGUCCAAUAUGAUACAAGCAGAACCACCGUGUCCACCUUCGGAUCGAUUGCUCCAUUUGAUGUUAAUCGGUGCUGCACACGAGCCGGAUCGCUCCAAGAAAGAUAACAGCAACAACCUGUCUACGUUUGCGUCGAGUUUCGACAAUACUUUAGGACCUGGACUAGAUUUAGAAUUUGAGACGGAGACUCAAACUCAGGCCCCGGAACCAGCGCAGUAUGAAACUGCAUAUGUCACAUCCCACAAAGGAAAUUGCAGAGCAGGAGCCUUUUCAGCAGACGGGCAAUUGAUAGCUACGGGCUCUGUGGAUGCUUCGAUUAAGAUCUUGGAUGUGGAUAGAAUGCUUGCCAAAUCCGCACCGGAUGAGAUGGCGCCUGGAGAUCAGACCGGUGGCCAUCCAGUAAUAAGAACAUUGUAUGAUCACUUGGAAGAAGUAACGUGUUUGGAGUUUCAUCCAAGGGAACCUAUACUUGUGUCUGGUAGCCGCGAUUUCUCUGUAAAACUAUUCGAUUUUAGUAAAGCUAGUGUUAAAAAGGCGUUCAGGACCAUCACGGAUGCCGAUCAAAUCCGGUGUUUGUCCUUUCAUCCUACCGGAGAUUUCCUCAUAGUUGGAACUAACCAUCCAGUAGUUAGAUUAUAUGAUGUGAAUACUGCGCAGUGCUUUGUGUGUAGUAUACCAAGUCACCAACAUACAGCCGGAAUAACGAGCAUCAAGUAUUCACCUGAUGCAAAGACUUACGCAUCGGCUGGAAAAGACGGUAGCAUCAAACUUUGGGAUGGUGUGUCGAAUCGAUGUAUAAAUACCUUUGUGAAAGCGCACGACGGUUAUGAAGUAUGCUCGGUGACCUUCACGAGGAACGGCAAGUAUUUACUGUCCUCAGGAAAAGAUUCCUUGAUAAAGUUAUGGGAAUUGUCUACUAGCAGAUGUUUAAUAGCGUAUACAGGUGCUGGAACUACAGGUAAACAGGAGCACAAGGCACAGGCUAUUUUUAAUCAUACUGAGGAUUAUGUAAUGUUUCCCGACGAGGCCACAACUUCAUUGUGCGCUUGGAAUUCUCGUAAUGCAUCGAGAAAGCAAUUGCUGUCCUUGGGUCACAACGGUCCCGUGAGAUUAAUCGUGCACUCACCAACCGCACCCGCUUUUUUGACAUGCAGUGAUGAUUUUAGGGCAAGAUUCUGGUUUCGAAGAAUGCCGACUCAUUAGCAGGUCGCUGUUAGAGUCGACAAUUAAAGGACACUAAGAGACUGCAGAAUUUCCAUUCUUUCUAAUAAUUACCAAUUUUAUAAAGAGGUAAAAUUACGCUGAAAUCAAAGGUACAUAUUAUGCAUGUAUCAUAAAGUCGAGCGUAUUAGAUAUAAUUAUGAAAAAUAUGUUACAUAUUUAUCUAAUUUUUUAUUUUAUCUAGAUCAUAAGCAACAAACGUACUUUGCAUAUCUUAUUUUAUUUCCAAUAUAAAUAAUAUACGAUUUUUAAUCAUACUUUUCUCUCAUAAUGAACUCUCUGCGGACAAGGAUAAAGGAAAACUUUAUCUCAAAGCUGCAUAUAAUUAAAAAUAUUAAGGAGAUAAUCUUAAUUUUAUAAAUUAUCAAUUAUACGUGUUUGACUGGAUAAUACAUAAAUAUAUUACAUGUAAAAAAAAACAUUUUAAAUCAGGUAAGUACGCGCGUGCGUAAUGUUGGCUGUACUCGAUUUUAAUACAACAGGUGUUUAUGAAAAUAAUUUUGCUCUAUUUCUGAAAUAGUUAUAAAAACUUUAAAGACUAAACGAUUAAUGAGUAUCUUUAUCGACCAGUUCGACUAGUUUAUUAU